ACACAUUUUUAGCGGAAGUGCUGAAAGCUAGUAAGCGGAGGAGGCGGCUGUUGCUCUUGCCACUUGCCAGAGAUUCAAAAUGACGGCCCUGCCGCUCUAGGCGAGCUUUUCUCUCUCUCGAAGGUGUCUUGGAUGUGAGUUUUGUGGACGGCAAACAUGGAUCAAAUCAGUGUCAAUCUCUGGGUGAAAAUGGAACCCUUUAUAGUGGGAGCCUUACAAAUCCCACCUCCCUCCAAGUUUAGCAUGCAUUAUCUUCGGAAGAUGUCAACUUAUGUCCGAAUGCGCUCCAGUGAAGGCUAUUAUCCACACCUUUCUUGGCCUAUGUGGCGACACAUUGCCUGUGGGAAGCUGCAGAUAGAAAAGGACUUGGCUUGGCUAUACUUUGAAUUAUUUGACAGUCUUGUUGAACGGACUUCAGAGGAGCGACUGGAAUGGGCAGAGGUGAUAUCCAGCUGUGCAACUGAGGAGGAGGCAGAGAAGCAGAAGAAUAAGUUGUCUGUGGACACUCUACAGUUCCUGCUGUUCCUUUAUAUUCAACAACUAAACAAGGUUUCCCUGAGAACAUAUCUACUUGGAGAUGAGUGGCCGAAUCCUAGAUCCAAGUAUUACAGUCUGACUGGAGAAUCCACAAAUCAGAUUAAGAACUGGAAUGACAGCUAUCAGCAAGACUUUAUCCAGAACCAUCUCCAGGAUCUUCUCGAACUGUUGCUGGAUCCAGAUCAGCUCACUGCCUCCUCACGUUCUACCCACAAUAGCCUGGUGUCACCUGAGGCUGUGCGUGCUCUUGGCUUCCUUAUUGAAGGAUGUGUGAACAGAAACAGUACUGUCCACCCUCUGCAUGCACUUGCACUCUGGCAGCCAUUACAUGCAAAGAGUGGCUACUCAAAGAUCUCCAAAGCCUUCUCCUUCCCCAAGCUUGAGUCCUGGCUGAGGGCUUGUCUGACUGGGAACCCGUUUGGAACAUCAGCUUGUCUCAAGUCUGGGAAGAAACUUGCAUGGGCACAGCAAGUUGAAGGAACAACCAAGCGAGCUAAGAUAGCCUGCAAUACUCAUAUGGUCCCUUCAGCACACCGUAUCGUUGUGAUGAGCCAAGUUUACAAGCAAACACUGGCAAAAAGUUCAGGUACCCUAGAAGAUACGCACGUGAAGAUUCAUCGCUGCUGUGAAUCCUUCAUCUAUUUGCUUUCUCCCCUGAGAUCUGUGACCAUAGAGAAGUGCAGGAAUAGUACCUUUGUACUUGGCCCAGUGCAAACAGUAGUUCACCUCCAUAGCUGUGACAAUGUCACACUUAUUGCUGUUUGCCGCCGUCUAUCUCUGUCAUCGACCACCAGUUGUACCUUGCAUGUUCUCACCCCAACUAGACCUCUCAUUUUACUGGGAAACCUAGCAAUAACUUUUGCCCCCUUCCAUACGCAUUAUCCAAAGCUUGAGGACCACAUGGGCAGGACUGGCCUGGCUACCGUGCCUAACUAUUGGGAUAAUCCAGUGUUAGUUUGUAAAGAGAACUGUGAUCGAAAUGUCUUCAGACUCCUCCCACCAUCAGAGUUUUACCCCUUUGUUGUCCCAUUUGAAAUGGAAGGAGACACCACAGAAAUACCUGGUGGGCUGCCACCUGCAUACCAAAAGGCACUGAGUCAACGAGAACAGAGAAUUCAUAUUUGGCAGAAGACCGUGAAGGAGGCAGGGCUGACCAAGGACCAGAGAAAGACGUUCCAGGUGUAUGUGGAGAACAAGUUCAACGAAUGGCUAGUCCAGACAGGCAGUCGCCAACAACUUGACAGCUUGGUGCUUCCUGCUGCAGGUUCUAAGCAGGCAGCAGGGUAGGAGAGCUUUUGAAGUACACAGUUAUUUGUUCUAGAGAUGAACUUUGCAAAAUUGAAAGUGUUUUUACUGCAAUAGACUGGAGCCAAGCUGAUUGAAACUCUUAUGGCAUUGCUAAUGAAUUUGGAAACUUGAAUUUGCUUUGUUCAUUGUCAAGGCGAGGAUCGACUUUCUCUCCCUGUUCCAGCUGUUGUAGUAUCUUCCUUCAUUCUACACCUUUCUCAGACAGCCAGUAUCUAUAGAAAACAAGCCAAGACUGCUGUUAACACUUCUAUCUAUGGCUGAAAUGAAAUUUAUGUAUAAAGGUAUCCUGAAAAGGACUUUUACUUUCCUGGUGUGAAGAUAGGAAUAAGGUUUUGGCUGCUGAAUGAACCUUUUCACUUCUAUUAACUAAAAUUUUAUUGUAUAAAACUAACAGAUGUAUUUUUAUACCAGUUGUUUAACACUUCAACUAUGAAAUUUGAUUAAAUUCACGUGAUUGCUUUUG